CGACUCGAAAUAUUUUUGGGCAACCUGCCAGGAUUCCCUGAUAAUAUUAGAAUAUCAAGUUCUGGGACUUCUUUUUAUGUGGCAAUGUUCAGUCAUAGAAAUGCUGAAAAUCCGGACCUUUUUCAAAGGCUCGGCGAUUGGUUGAUGACUCGUAAAGUGUUGGGAAUGUUGUUCAGAGUAUUUCCCUCAACAAUUGUGGAAUUACUUUUUAAUAGAGGAUAUGGAAUAGCUAUAGAAAUUGACUUGGACGGAAAAAUAAUUCGAUCAUUUCACGACCCACAAGGAACCAUAAUUAAUGACAUUUCUCAAUUAGCCGAUGAUGGUGGUGAAUUUAUUUAUUUGGCUAGUUUUAACAAUAAAUAUAUUGGAAGGAUGACAAAAAAUUGA